AUGACGAGAGGCGGCCUGUUCGAUACAUCCUUCGGCCAACACAGAUCGGACUCGGAGCCGCAGUUUGCGCAUCGCAGCGCACAUUCCAGCGACACGGGAAGACAUAUUACUGAUGGGAGAGAGUUCCUUCAUCCAUCACUCAUCGACGGCUACACUGCCCAUUCCGGGCUUGAGGCCCUGUAUUCAGAGAACAGCGCGUUUGCUAGUCGCGCGGGAACUCAGUCAGAUUGGGCGAAUCCUGAAAUGCCACAUACUCAUUCCCGAGCACAGGAAUUUAGCAAAGUUUUCCAUCUAAUGCUCUCAACUCAUCUGGGUGGGAUUCGAGGUCAUUUUAUUCCGAACGUCUUUUUACCAAAUGAAUUGCAAGAUUUGAGAAAGUAUGUCGACCAACCUUUUCAUCAAUUGGGUAAUAGCGCCCACAUUGACAAUGAAGCAGGACUCGAUCAUCACAAUAAUCUGUCAUCAGAAUACUCUAACCCCGAAUUCACGCAACCGGAAAUGAAGCUUAAAUUUACUAAAAAACCCCAGUUCAUCGAAGGGAAGGAGUUUUUAGACCGUCAAAUUGAUCCCCGUGAUCUUGUCACUCUGGAUUCCGUUAGAUCGGGAUUGAUUAGAACAAGUGUUAUAGUGUUAGAUAAGGCCCAGCGGCCAACAAAAUUACCAUAUUUAUUUCAUAUACCAAUACAAGUCGGAGGCUUCAAGCUUCAAAUUACCACGGAGGGGAAGGAAAACGGCAAGCAGCUUUCCUGGAUCAGCCCCUUUCAACCCAACAACCCAUUGUAUGGCAAGAAGGCUAUAAUUGAGAAGUUGAGACAAUUGACCUACGAGAUAUGGUCCUUACAAACCAGGUACCUCCAAUUUUGGGGUUUAGAGAAGAAAGCUGUCAAAGAGAACCCCGCCCUCGUCCUUUGGCUCGAUAAAAAGAUUACUGGUCAAAGUGGAAUUUGCCCCUUGUUGGGCUCAUUAAGUUAUGAUCAUCCAUGGGAUAAAAUUCAGCAUGACUACAUACAGCAGCUGGUUCUCCGAUAUAUAGACGCAACACCCGAACAAGAUUCGCAGGGCGCCCGGCUUGCUACCGCAAUUGCAAUCCUUGGCCCUUAUGUGAAAUACCAUCAUCAAGCAUUUUGGGCUAUUAUUCAGGAAAAAGGCGGCCCUCUGUUAGAAACCAUUCAAUCUUCGGAAGAUUCAAAUGAUGAUUUUUUCUUAGGCACGAUAUAUCUCAGUUUUCAGCAUCAAAGCUUCAAAGACGUGAUAACUCAGAAGCGCAAACGGAAAGUAAGGUCUCUUUGUGAUUUUUAUACGGAUGCAAAGCCCAAAUAA